AUGGCGUUUUAUUUUCAGUUUUUGAACAUCAGCAUUUGCUGCUCCCCAAAAGAUACGCUCCUGAAUGUCUUCUUGGCUAUUGCGGUUGACAACCUGGCAAAUGCCCAAGAGUUGACCAAGGAUGAGGAAGAGAUGGAGGAAGCCACCAACCAAAAGCUUGCCCUGCAAAAAGCCAAGGAAGUGGCAGAAGUCAGCCCCAUGUCUGCAGCUAACAUUUCCAUAGCCGCCAAGCAGCAGAACUCCUCCAAAUCCAAGUCUGUUUGGGAGCAGAGGACCAGCCAGAUCCGGAUGCAUAAUUUCCGAGCCAGCUGUGAGGCACUGUACAACGAGCUGGAUCCAGAGGAGCGGGUGCGUUAUGCUACCACCCUUCACAUUCGGCCAGACAUGAAGACUCACUUGGAUCGGCCACUGGUGGUAGAGCCGAGGAGCGAAGGGAGGAACAACAUCAGUAAGCUGAGCCCUGUGGACGUGCAGGAGGUGGAACAGACCAAAGUCAGCUCUACUGAUGGGGCAGAAGCUCCACGAAAGCACCACCGGCAUCGGGAUAAGGACAAACUGGGAGAGCAAGAGAAGGGUGAUGUGACCAAGGACGAGAAUGGGGAAACUGGCACCAACAAUAAGGAGGAGCGGCACAGGCAGCACAGGAGCCGUAGCAAAGAGGUGGAAGGGGGGAGUAAGGAAGGAAAAAGUGAUCGCAACAGGACUCAGGAAGGGGGAAAGAGGCACCAUCGACGAGGGUCAGUGGAAGAAGGUGCCGAGAAGGAGCACCGUAGGCAUCGGACUCACCGGCACUCUGCCGAACGGCAAGGCAAGGAAGGCAAUGGGACAGUCAAUGGGGCCAGAAGUGAGCGACGUUCCCGACACCGGGGAGGGUCGAGGUCUGGGAACCGGGAAGGAGAGCCCGGGUCCAAGGGUGAGAAUGGAGAAGAGCCUCACAGACGGCAUAGGUUCAGGAACAAGGCGCUGUCGACCUAUGAUUCGGUGGAGAAGGAGAAUGGGGAGAAGGAGGGGGAGGCUGGCGAGAAGGAGCACCGGAAUCAUCAGCCCAAGGAGAAUCAGUGUGAGAUUGAGGCCAGUGGAAGCAUGAGCGUCCCUGUGCACACCCUGCCCAGCACCUAUCUGCAGAAAGUGCUGGAGCAGCCAGAAGACGCUGACAACCAGAAGAAUGUGACACGGAUGAUUCAGCCACCUCUGGACAAAACCACCACUGUGAACAUCCCUGUCACCAUCACUGCCCCGCCGGGGGAAACCACUGUCAUCCCAAUGAACAACGUUGAAUUUGAAAGUAAAACAGAGGAGAAGAAAGACGUCGAUGACUUGACGAAAAACGGGCCUAAACCGAUCUUGCCUUACAGUUCCAUGUUUAUCUUAAGUCCUACAAAUCCGAUUCGGCGUCUGUUCCACUACAUUGUCAACCUGCGCUAUUUUGAGAUGGUCAUCCUCAUAGUUAUAGCCCUCAGCAGCAUUGCCCUGGCUGCAGAAGACCCUGUCCAAGCUGAGUCACCGAGGAAUGAUGCUCUGAAAUACUUGGAUUAUAUAUUUACGGGUGUCUUUACCUUCGAGAUGGUGAUCAAGAUGAUUGACUUGGGGUUGUUACUCCACCCUGGUUCCUAUUUCCGUGACCUGUGGAAUAUCCUGGACUUCAUUGUGGUCAGCGGGGCCUUGGUGGCAUUUGCCUUCUCAGGAACCAAAGGCAAGGACAUCAACACAAUCAAGUCACUGCGAGUUCUGCGGGUCCUAAGGCCGCUGAAGACCAUUAAACGGCUGCCAAAAUUAAAGGCUGUCUUUGACUGUGUGGUGAAUUCUCUGAAGAACGUCCUCAAUAUCCUCAUAGUUUAUAUGCUCUUCAUGUUCAUUUUUGCUGUCAUUGCUGUGCAGCUCUUCAAAGGCAGAUUCUUCUACUGCACUGAUGAGUCGAAAGAGCUGGAGAAGGACUGCAGCGUGUUGAAGCACUCGGUGGAUGCUACCUAUGAGGAACAGGGUCCCAGCCCUGGCUACCGAAUGGAAAUGUCUAUCUUUUACGUGGUGUAUUUUGUUGUCUUCCCUUUUUUCUUUGUGAACAUCUUUGUGGCGUUAAUCAUCAUCACCUUCCAAGAGCAAGGAGAUAAAGUGAUGUCAGAGUGCAGCCUCGAGAAAAAUGAG